AUGACCUCGAACGGCCGAAGCGCUCCGGGCAGCUCCCCAGACCAAGCUCGGUCAUACCAUAUCGACAAUGAUUCCGUGCUCGCACCGAAUUCCGACUUCAAGACUCGCCUCGAGAUCUUUUCCACCAAGAUCCCUAAUGUCUAUGUUGCACCUUUCUGCGGAGCCAGCGCGGGCGUCGCCUCCGGUAUUGUCACAUGUCCGCUCGAUGUCAUCAAAACGAAGCUUCAAGCCCAGGGUGGGUUUCGCAGAGGAGCUCAAGAGGUUGCCUCGGGGGCACUUUACCGGGGAAUGAUAGGUAGUGGUAGGAGGAUUUGGCGGGAGGAUGGUCUCCGCGGUCUCUACCAAGGACUUGGUCCAAUGUUACUCGGAUAUCUUCCAACCUGGGCUGUCUAUUUAGCGGUCUAUGACCGCAGUCGUGAAUAUUUCUACGACGAGACGGGAAGCUGGUGGUUAUCCCGCGGCUACGCAUCCAUCAGUGCAGGCGCAUGCUCGACCAUCGUUACAAACCCCAUUUGGGUCAUCAAGACGAGACUCAUGUCGCAAAGUUUGAAACAGAACAGCGAAGGAGUCCGCGCACCAUGGCAAUACUCCGGCACAUGGGAUGCUGCACGCAAAAUGUAUCAAAUCGAAGGCAUUCGAUCCUUCUACUCCGGCCUGACCCCAGCUCUACUGGGGUUGACACAUGUGGCCAUUCAAUUCCCCCUAUACGAAUAUUUGAAAAUGGGAUUCACAGGCUACGGUAUUGGUGAACAUCCCGAUACUGGCAGCUCACACUGGAUUGGGAUUUCAGUCGCUACCUUCCUCAGCAAGGUUUGCGCAAGUACUGUCACAUACCCACACGAGGUUCUGCGCACCCGACUCCAAACACAACAACGCACUGUACCUGCACCAUCUCCCGAGGAGAUUGCUUUCCGUGGUGGCUUGAACCAUCCACAUGACCGUGGCCGAUCAGGCGGCAUUUCUUCUUCCGAUGGGAUGCGCAAUCGCCCGCGCUACAACGGCAUGAUCCGGACAUUCCAGACCAUCCUCAAAGAGGAGGGCUGGCGUGCGUUCUAUGCCGGGAUCGGCACGAAUCUGUUCCGGGCUAUCCCGGCUGCUAUGACGACUAUGCUCACAUACGAAUAUUUGCGGAAGCAGAUCAGCACCUAUCAGCACGAGGGUAUGCUGAAGUUGCAGACAGAAGAAGCGACCCAGGACUCUCUUUGA